UGAAACCUUGGUGUUGAAAGCAACAAACCUAAGCCUUCUGCAUCAAUGGAGUCGCCAAAAGAGCCUGUCAUCUUUGGGAGAUCUCUCAUAGUUCCAAGUGUUCAAGAACUUGCCAAAGAACCCCUCUCCAAAAUCCCACAUAGAUACCAUCGUCCUCAUCAAGAAUCUCCCUCCAUCCCUUCCGAUUAUCACCUUCCAUCUGUCCCCAUCAUCGAUUUUCAGAAACUGGCUGCCGACGAUUUCAUCGGCUCCGAACUCGAAAGAUUACACUCAGCUUGCAAGGACUGGGGAUUCUUCCAGGUAGUGAAUCAUGGUGUUAGUUUGAAAUUAUUGGAUGAGUUCAAGUUGGAGAUUGAAAAUUUCUUCAAACUACCCCAUGAAGAUAAGAAGCUUCUUUGGCAAACACCAGAUGAUCAUGAAGGGUUUGGUCAAUUGUUUGUGGUUUCAGAAGAUCAGAAGCUAGAUUGGUCUGAUAUGUUCUAUAUAACCACGUUACCACUCGAUCUUCGUAAGGUUGACCUAUUCGAAAAACUCCCCCUUAAGCUAAGAGAGAUCAUGGAAGUAUAUUGUACUGAAGUGAAGAAUCUAGCUAUGAGGACUUUGGAUUACAUGGCUAAGGCUUUAAAGAUGGAUGGUGAAGAAAUGAGAGCGAUGUUCGAUGAUGGGGUUCAAGCAAUGAGAAUGAAUUACUAUCCACCGUGCCCUCAACCUGAUAUGACCAUCGGUUUCAGUCCUCAUUCCGAUGCCGAUGCUUUAACGAUUCUGUUUCAGCUCGACGAAACCGAAGGCCUGCAAGUCCGGAAAGAUGGGAAAUGGAUUCCCAUUAAGCCACUUCCAAAUGCCUUCGUAGUUAACAUCGGAGACAUCAUGGAGAUUUUGAGCAAUGGAAUAUACCGCAGCAUUGAGCAUAGAGCAGUUGUGAAUUCAACCAAACAGAGGCUAUCUAUUGCAACGUUUUAUAGCUCCAAGUUAGACAGGGAAUUAGGCCCUGCACAUAGCCUUAUCGUUCCGAAUAACCCUGCGAUUUUUCGACGAGUCCCGUUGGAGAAGUACUUCAAGGAAUUUUUUGCUCAGAAACUAAACGGCAAGGGUUACCUUGAUUUCAUGAGAAUCAAAAACAAUGAUGAACAUGAAAAUUGAAAAACUCUGUUUCAUUUGAAUAGUGUAUUCCUUGGGUCAUUGGAUAUUGGAUUGAAAUGA